AUGUUCUCGUUCCUCGCCCAUCGUCAAGCAUGCCGUUCCAAGCAGCAGGAGCGUCAAGAACGUAUCAAGGGCCUUCCUCCUGUUUAUCAUGCACCCUUGACCACUGCCGAUAAGGAUAUCCUCGCUCAACCGGUCUCGCAAGUUGUCGCAAAUGUUCAGGCAGGGACUCUGAAGGCUUCUGAAGUCUUGGUAGCGUAUGGCAAGAAGGCAUUGAAGGCACAUGCAGAGACAAACUGCCUAACGGAGGUGAUGAUUGAGAAAGCUGAGGAAUGGGCCCAGUCUUGCAACACACAGGGUCCUCUUGCGGGAAUGCCUAUCAGUUUGAAGGAUACCGCGGCUGUCGCAGGGUUCGAUGCGAGCUUUGGCUACUCGGCGUACGUUGGCAAGCCGAUGGAGAAGGACUCGGCGAUUGUCCGUCUGCUUCGCGACGCUGGUGCAGUUCCAUUCGUCAAGACUAAUAUCCCGAUCACGCUGUUGUCACUCGAGUCGAAAAACGACGUCUUUGGAACGACCACCAAUGUGUAUAGUAAGGAUCACACUCCAGGUGGAUCGACCGGUGGCGAAGGAGCCUUGUUAGCUUAUGGUGGCUCCCGCUUGGGCAUUGGUACCGACGUUGCGGGUUCUGUGAGAGCACCAGCCCAUUGGUCUGGCAUUUAUACCAUCAAGGCGUCCUCGUUCCGAUUCCUUAAAAGUGGGAACCCCACAAGUAUGCCUGGUCAGGAGGGUGUACCCUCCGUUUAUUCUCCUAUGACCAGAACACUCGAGGAUUUAGAGACUAUCUGGCGGGCAAUCGUGAGCAUGAAGCCGUGGGAGUACGACCAUGCAUGUCUAGCUAUCCCUUGGCGUGAAGUGUCUCUUGCUAAGGAGAAGCCUCUUCGUUGGGGUGUGCUUUGGGAUGAUGGUGUAAUUGUUCCUUCGCCUGCGUGCCGCCGCGCAUUGCAAGAGGUUGUGUCGGUUUUGGAAGCCCAUGGUAAUGAAGUAAUAUCCAUUGAUCCUCCCAGCCCAUAUGAAGGCCUUAAAAUUGCAUCUCAAAUCUUGAUGGCGGACGGAGGCAAAGUAUGCACCAGGCCAAUGCGUUCUGGCGAAUGGAAUGACCCGGGUGUUGAACAAGCUCUUGGGAUGCUCCGUGCCCCCCGCUUCUUCAAACGCCUGUAUGCCUGGUACCUCCGACAUAUCCGGGGAGAUGAGGUCUAUGCAGGUCUGGUAGAGAACUGGUAUGAGAAGUCCGUUCCGGAAUAUAUGGCCCUGGUCUCCCAGCGUGAGGCUUACCGCGAGCAGUGGUUCAAAUUCAUGAGCGAGCAGGCGCUGGACUUCGUCUUGACAGUGCCGAACGCCCUACCGGCUGUUCCGCAUGGAGGCAUGAAGCAAGGAUGGAAGGCUUGCGGAUACACGUUCCUGUUCAAUAUCCUUGAUUACACUGCAGGGGUUCUGCCCGUUACGCAUGUUGACCGGGAGCGCGAUGCGCUUCCGUCGACUUUCAAGGCGAGAAAUGCAAUUGAAUCGGGCUCAUACCGCAUGUACGACGCCGGGAAGAUGCAUGGGUUGCCGGUCGGAGUACAGGUUGUUGGUAAACGUCUAGAGGAAGAGAAAGUCUUGGAAGGAAUGAAGCUGAUCGAAGGACUGCUGAAGAAAGAAGGCAAGGCAUACGUUCUGUUUGAAGCUAGUGAUUGA